AUGUUCUGUCUCAGGAGCUGGUUACCGCUCCUCUUCAUCCCAACCAACGCCUCCCCGCUCUUCAUCAUCUCCUUCGUCACCCUCACAUACAUCCUCCACCGACCAUGCAUCUACUGCUCCGCGCUGCUCCUCAUCCUCUUCAUCUCCUCCUGCCACUGGGCUGACCGCUGCUUCUUCGACUUCCGCGGUGACUGGUUCUCGCCGCGCUACGCAACUUCAGACCCCUACUAUACCGUUUCGGCCAAUACCUCCCUGGCCGCACAGAACGGGUCUCUGGCCAGCUAUGUCGUAGAGACCGUCAAUACGACCACCAAGGCGCUGGCGGGCGCGGCGGUCGAGGAGGCGCAGCGGCGACUCGCGCUCAACGGAUCAAGUGAACUGGGACAGCAGGAGUGGACCGGUGUUGGACUCGAAUGGUUGCGGAGUUUGCUGGGACGACGGGAGUGGACUCUUCCCUGUGUAGAUGUCAAGGUUCGGCUUUGA